AUGGCAGAGAGCGCACAACAGAAUGUUGGUCAUCCACCUACAAGUACGCCGAGGUUUCGGAUAGUCCCAGGACCUCAUAUUGGCGAAAAUUCUAGGUCUACAGGGUCUAGAAAUACAGCACUCACUUCAUCGGCAUCGACACCUACUUUUGGCAAUGCACGUGCUAUAAACCAAGAUGAUUUUAAUCCAAGCACACCGCAGCAAAUGAUGGGAGGUACGCCGUUGCGCCAAACAGUACAACCCAUCCAACAAGUUCAGUAUGUUAUCAUGAGCCAAGCUCCACCGGGAAUCCAAACUGGUAUUUCUGCGACCACGGCGCAACAACAGCAGCAACAACAACAGCAGCAGCAGCAACAGCAGCAGCAGCAGCAGCAGCAGCAACAACAACAACAGCAGCAACAGCAACAGCAACCUCAGCAACAACAACCUCAACAGACACAGCAGCUUCAACGGCCUCAGCAACAUGUUUCUUCAACACCUUCGUCGGAAGAGACGCAGUGUAUGGUUUCGAAGUGUGCAAGGUUCUUUAAAACUUUAAUUCACUUAUCUCAACAACCGGAACAGCAGCAAGGACAACAGACUGCAAUCCGCGUCACUGAUUUAGUUAAUCAAGUCAUUUAUGGUACGAUGCAACCCGAAGUGUUCACCUGUCGUUUACAAGAAGCACUCCGGUCACAAGCACAACCACACCUUUUAACUUUUUUGCAGAAAACGCUGCCUUCGUUAAGGGCAGCUCUCAAGAAAGGAGAGGUAACUAUUGAUGGAAUAAGUCCACCAUCUGCUGCAGUUGUUCAGACUACUGAAGUGCAGCCGUUGCAGCAGUGGGAUACGAAUAGUCAGCAGAGAAUUAAUACACAAACAAAUUAUCAGGUGGCGCAACCAAACAGUACUCCUCAAAUUGUUGUCGCUAACAGUCAGCAGAUAACUGUCGUGAAACAAGAACCGACUGAAGAGUCGCAGGUGGAAACAACAGAACAGUUAGGAAGUGAAAAUGAGGUACGCGUGUUGCCGGCAAACCAAGUGAGGUAUAGGUUGUUGAAUGGAGACGUCCUGACAAGGAAGAUACAACGAGUUUUGCCGGAGUGUGGACCUCCUUUGGAUGAAGUGUUGACGCUAAUAUCUGAAGCUGCAGAACACCGUUUACGAGGAAUUUUGGCUCAGUUAGCAGUUAUUACGGAACAUCGACUGGAGCCUUUACGCAACCAUCCGUGUUAUCAGGCAAUUGAUGACACCCGAAGGCAGUUGAAAUUUGUAGAAGAAUUGGACAGACAAGAGCAGGAGAAAAGGGAGAACAGAGAGAAAGAAGCUUUGAUACGUUUGAGCAAAAGCAAGGGCAAGGAUAAAGACACUUUAGUUGAGAAGGCAAAACAGCUGCAAAGGGCUGAUCAGGAAGCAGCGAGAAAUCGAGAUGCAAAUGCGGCAGCUAUUGCAGCACUUGGUGGGACACGUAUUAAAAAGCGGACCUGGGGCGAUUCAAAUAACCCUUUAGAUCAAAAUCUUUCGUCAGGCUUUUCUGCUCCUGUGCAAAGGCCUCGUACAAAGCGUGUAACUAUGAGAGAUUUACAUAUGGUUAUUAUUUCCGACCCUGUUGCUCGUUUUUCAAACUUAAGGCAUCGUCUUUCGUUGUUCAAUACUCCUUCGGAUACAGCUCCUACAUGA